UAGUAGUAGUAGUAGUGGCAGCAGUAGUACCUUCUGUUAUCGGUCCCAGCAUGUCCUCGACACACCCGCAGAUGUGAGGAUGCGAUUCCAAGGCGAGACCGAGGUGGUCGAGAACAGCCUGUACGAGACCUUGGACAACACCCGCAGGACCGAGGUGGUCGAGAACAGCCUGUACGAGACCUUGGACAACACCCGCAGGACCGAGGUGGUCGAGAACAGCCUGUACGAGACCGUGGAGAACAUUCGCGGGACCGAGGUGGUCGAGAACAGCCUGUACGAGACCUUGGACAACACCCGCAGGACCGAGGUGGUCGAGAACAGCCUGUACGAGCCCUUGGACAACACUCGCAGGACCGAGGUGGUCGAGAACAGCCUGUACGAGCCCUUUGAAAACGUGAGGAAGCCGCGGUGAGGAAGAAGGAAAUGGAAGAGGAGGAGGAAGAUGAGGAGCAAGCGUGAAAACAUGGGAGGGCAGGCAACAAAAAGCCUGCUGGUUCAUCACGAGGCUGCCUGCUUUAGCGACAUGUGAAUCAGCUCGUCAGCCAAUUGAGAGACCUGCGCCACAGACUGAAGCACUUUUGUACGCACGCGCGGGCACUUCGAGCUCGCCCCUGACGCAGCAAAGUGACGACCAGUGCGAUCUUGGAAGGAAAUUAUCGCUUUCGAGCAAACUACUUCUGCUGGAAAGCUGUUCCAGUGGCGGACGGGUCUUCGAAAAAUAACUCCUGCCGAUAUCUGUGGGGUGGGCGAGGCGACGCACCCCCGGCGUAUGCCCCCAUUGAUUGGCAGACUGCUGCAUCGUUUGAAGGAAGGAAGGAAGGAAGGGAAGAGAGAAAGAAGAAGAAGAAGAAGAAGAAGAAGAAGAAGAAGAAGAAGAAGAAGAAGAAGAAGAAGAAGAAGAAGAAGAAGAAGA